GCCUGAAAAAUUAAUUCUUAAUUUAAUUUCAAUUACUUUAUAAUUAAUCUUUUGUUCCCUCGUGUCUAACUAUUUACUUUAUUUCCAUUUUAUAUACGUAUUUUUUUGCGUAAUAACGAAAAAGACAUGUACAUGUACAUGAUUACAAGAUUAACGGUCGAAAUUAUCAACAGGUGGUUGGACAAAGUAAUAAAUUUUGACUUUGAUUUCAACCAAUAUACAUUUCUUAAUAGCAAAGUGUUUUUUAAACAAUUCUUCCGAUACUGCUUCUAAUUAAAAUACUUUGAACAGAUUGCGAUAAUUAAGAGCAGGUGAUUUAACACGUAUAACACGAAGUAUUACUCAAAGUUUGACUCAUUGUCAGAGAAAGAUUGUGUGCGUGAUAUCAAACUAAAUGUAUGUAUGUAUAUGUAAAUAAGUAACUAUGCAAACAAUAAGAAUGGCAAUGAGUUGAAAAACUUUUCAAUUCCUUUUUUUUCUAAUCGAAUAAUUAGAACAUAUUUUUUAUUUCGACUGAACGUUUUGAGUGUAAAAAAAUUUAUAUAACUGGCAUCGAUCGAAGGACGAUUCGUGAUCACGCAAUAUCGUUCUAUUUUUGGGGAAUGUUUUAAACUCGGUAACCUCGAGAAACACCAGAUUUUACCACCUUUGAGAUCGGUUAUACGAUUUGACUGAAGUGAAUGGAAUAAAGCGAAGAACCUUUUUAAAUGAAGAACAAUCCAGAUGUAUCGACAUUAUAUAUAUUAGUUUCAGUAAUACGUGUUAUUGUGUCGACGAUAUUUUCAUUCGGUCAGUAACGCAUAUGAAUAUCUACGAGCAAUCAAAGUGAAACAAAUUCGAUCAUUUUUGACAAAUCGAUUAACUAUUUCUCAUUGGCUGUUAAUAAUUGGCUUAGUUCGUAAUUAUUCAAAUAUAAUUAUUUAAUUAUAAUCAAGACGAUAUAUUACUGUAAAUUGUAAACGAUGGAAUAGUCGGCAUAUGUUUUCAGUUGCGGCUCCAUCUUAUUCUGUCUUAUUCUAAUCGUACUGAAAAGGCUCUCAAGGAAAAAGAUUCAAAACGAAGAGAAACAGAAGAAAAGAAGAAAAUUUUGGAAAAAAAAGAAGACAGAAAUCAGGUUGGAAUAAAAAAAAAGACAAAGAACAAGAUAGGGAAAGUGGAACAAUAACUGCUCGUCCCCGGAGACAGAUCGAUUGAGAAAUGAAUGAUUCGCCGAUUUUAUCAAACGGAACCGCCAUAGAAGGAUGGUCAACUACUAACCGUCCGACUAUAGAGAACGAUGUAACCUCGAAUAGUUUAGUGCAAUUAAUCUUUUACAUAUUUUAUGCAAAUAUUUUUGCGUUUGGUGUGUUUGGUAAUGUGCUCGUAUGUUUCGUCGUGGCACGAAAUCGACAAAUGCAGACAGUUACGAAUCUGUUUAUCACGAAUUUAGCAUUGAGCGAUGUACUACUUUGUGCUCUGGCGGUUCCGUUUACUCCUUUAUAUACAUUUCUCGGGGGAUGGAUAUUUGGCAGAACCCUAUGCCACUUGGUACCGUACGCUCAAGGUGUCAGCGUAUACAUCAGCACAUUCACUUUGACGAGUAUCGCGAUCGAUAGAUUCAUGGUGAUCAUAUAUCCUUUCCAUCCUCGUAUGAAGAUCGAAGUUUGUUUAGCCGUGAUAGUCGGUAUUUGGAUAAUCGCAUUGCUGUUCACUCUACCUUACGGGCUUUACAUGCAUCUCGAGGAGCCGUACACUUAUUGCGAGGAACACUGGCCGAACGAACGAUUUCGAAAAAUCUUUAGUUCCAUUACUUCGAUACUACAAUUUGUCUUGCCCUUCUUCAUCAUCGCUUUUUGCUAUAUUUGCGUUUCGAUCAAGUUGAACGAUCGAGCUAGAACGAAACCUGGUACAAAGACUAGUCAAAGAGAAGAGGUUGACAGAGAGAGAAAGAAACGAACGAAUCGGAUGUUGAUCGCUAUGGUCGCCGUAUUCGGCAUAUCUUGGCUACCGCUCAAUAUCAUCAACGUUAUCGACGAUUUUUAUUCACCUGCCAAUGAUUGGACUUAUUACAGAAUCUGCUUUUUCAUGACGCAUUGCCUCGCUAUGAGUAGCACCUGCUACAAUCCUUUCCUUUACGCUUGGCUCAACGAUAACUUUCGCAAAGAAUUUAAGCAAGUGCUUCCAUGUUUUUCGAAAACAAUCGACGGUUACACUCCAAGAACCACCGAAGAAUUUCAAAAUAAUAAAGAAUGUAGCGGAAAUAACACCAUUCAGGAAUCUUUAUUACUGAAUGAAACACAUAUAAGAACUUCAAAUCCCGAAGCUCGUGAACUGAUCGUCCACGAAACAACCACCAACAAUAUGUCGAAAGACUUGGAAGAAACGGAAACUUUUUGAUUCGAUCAAAUUCGAACGCGAGUCAACCAUCGUAAACAUAUUUGGUGUAUCCUUCUAUGAUGUUUACUGUCAGCAAUAUAAAGAGAAAAAACAAUAUAAAGUAUCAACGUUGCAAUAACACAAGGAGGAAGGAAGCAGGAGAAAGGAAUAAAGAUUGUUCUCUUAUAUGUAUAUAUGAAAUGUUUCUCUAUUUCACAGACAUCUCUGUGUUACAGAAACAGCUGCAUUUUCUCUGGAGGCUGAAAUCUACUUGUAUCAUUCUUCAAUCAAGUACUACGUUUUGCAUUACUUGUUGUAUAAUUGAAACAGGCAACAAUGGUGGCGGUAUAUUUACAAAAAAAAGAAACACGCGAUUCUGCACAAUCACAUUGCGAUAGAAUUAAGAAUUGAUUCGUCAAUCUAAGUUUGUUAUAAACCACGGUGCGUCAAGUACGAAGAAAAUUACGAAGGGAAAAAUAAAAAAAGGAACUUGCUCAACUUCA